CCGACCGGGAAGGCGAUGAGUCUGGAGCCGGGACGCUUCGCUUCCUUGCCAUGCUGUCCCGAGGCUUACCUCCAAAGAUUCGUGGAUCCACCUGGCUGUUUUUCCUGGACGGAGAGCUUUUAUCGUCCCAGCAUGUCGCAAGGAUCCCAGACGCGGGAAUACUUCCCCCCGGAGGUUUUCGAGCAGCUAUGGGACAUCUUGGAGCAGCCUUUGUGCUCUGUCCAGCCGAUCGACCUGAACUUCCUGGAGCAGAGCACGGCAGAUGGCCCUACCAACAAGAUUGAGAUCAGCCUGGACUGCAUCCGCAUGCAGGACUCGGAGCUGGGCGAUCCCAUGUGGCCACAGUACACCAACCUGGGGCUCCUGAACAGCAUGGACCAGCAGAUCCAGAACGGGUCUUCCUCCACCAGUCCGUACAACACAGAGCACGCCCAGAACAGUGUCACGGCCCCGUCGCCCUACGCCCAGCCCAGCUCCACCUUCGAUGCCCUUUCUCCGUCUCCGGCCAUCCCCUCCAACACAGACUAUCCAGGGCCCCACAGCUUCGAUGUCUCAUUUCAACAGUCCAGCACUGCGAAGUCGGCCACCUGGACGUACUCGACCGAACUGAAGAAGCUCUACUGCCAGAUCGCCAAGACCUGCCCCAUCCAGAUCAAGGUCAUGACCCCCCCGCCCCAGGGGGCCGUCAUCCGAGCCAUGCCCGUCUACAAGAAGGCCGAACACGUCACCGAGGUGGUCAAGCGCUGCCCGAACCACGAACUCAGCCGGGAAUUCAACGAAGGCCAAAUUGCUCCUCCCAGCCAUCUCAUCCGAGUGGAAGGCAACAGCCACGCGCAGUACGUGGAAGACCCCAUCACCGGAAGGCAGAGUGUCCUGGUCCCUUACGAACCACCCCAGGUUGGCACCGAAUUCACAACCGUCCUCUACAAUUUCAUGUGCAACAGUAGUUGCGUCGGCGGCAUGAACAGACGCCCCAUCCUCAUCAUUGUGACGCUGGAAGCCAGAGACGGACAAGUCCUCGGCCGCCGAUGCUUUGAGGCUCGGAUCUGCGCCUGCCCAGGCCGGGAUCGCAAAGCGGACGAAGACAGCAUUCGGAAACAACAGGUCUCCGAUGGCACAAAGAACGGUGAUGGUACGAAGCGCCCUUUCCGGCAGAGCACGCACAGCAUCCAGAUGACCUCGGUCAAGAAAAGACGCAACCCAGACGAUGAACUCCUCUAUCUCCCGGUCCGAGGCCGGGAGACCUACGAGAUGCUGCUGAAGAUUAAGGAGUCUCUGGAGCUCAUGCAGUUCCUCCCCCAGCACACGAUCGAGACCUACCGACAGCAGCAGCAGCAGCAACAGCAACACCAGCACUUGCUGCAGAAACAGAACUCCAUCCAGGCUCAGCCUUCCUACGGAUCCAGUUCUCCGCCGCUUGGGAAGAUCGGCGGCCUGAACAAGCUCCCUUCCGUCAGUCAGCUCAUCAACCCCCAGCAGCGCAACACCUUGACCCCCACCAGCAUUCCCGACAGCAUGGGAGCCAACAUUCCGAUGAUGGGAGGCCACAUGACGAUGGCGGGCGACAUGAACGGGCUAAGCCCCACCCAGACGCUGGCCCCUCCCCUCUCCAUGCCGUCCACCUCCCACUGCACCCCACCACCGCCGUACCCCACAGACUGCAGCAUCGUCAGUUUCUUAGCGAGGCUGGGCUGCUCCUCCUGUCUGGAUUAUUUCACAGCGCAAGGGCUGACCACCAUCUAUCAGAUUGAGCACUACUCCAUGGAUGAUCUGGUGAGCCUGAAGAUCCCGGAGCAGUUCCGCCACGCCAUCUGGAAGGGCCUCCUGGAUUACCGGCAGCUGCACGACUUCUCCUCCCCGCCCCACCUCCUCCGCACGCCCAGCGGGGCCUCUACGGUCAGCGUGGGCUCCAGCGAGGCCCGGGGCGAGCGGGUGAUCGACGCCGUGCGCUUCACCCUCCGCCAGACCAUCUCCUUCCCGCCCCGCGACGACUGGAACGACUUCAACUUCGACCUGGACGCCCGCCGGAACAAGCAGCAGCGCAUCAAAGAGGAAGGGGAGUGAAGGCCGCGUCCCCUCCUCCGGCUGGCCCGAAGACCCUCCCCCACCCCAGGGUCUUCACACACACACACACACACACACACACACACACACACACACACACACACUCCCCUGUUUUCUGUUCUGACACUCCUUCCCCAAAUCGGUGGGAGGGAAGCCAAGCCCGGUGCACGCCACGAACUCACUCGCGACCUGUAGCUUUUUUACCUUCAAGCGGUUGUUGUUGUUUUGCUUUGGCUUUAAAAGCUGGCCGUUGUUUUUAUGUUUUAAAUCACAGCUGGGGUGUGUGUGUGUGUGAAUGUGUGUGGGUGUGAGGGCUGGGUAACUUUUACGGUUAAAAGUAAGGAAGCCCACCACCCCCACCCCAGAAAAA